GGAGAGAGGAAGGGGGACAGUACUUGGGAUGGGAAUGCCUGAUACUUGAUCAUACAUUUGCCAAUAUCAAACUACAUGUGAUAUUUCAAGUGCAUCUUUCUGCAGUUUAAUGGAUAACACCAACAACAAAACCAUGGACAUUGAGGAGUACAUGUAUGACACAGACUACCUCUCUACCUCCACUCCUCCUCCCUCCUUCCCUCAUUGUGACUACAGCGAAUGGACUCCCUCUUUCUCCAUCAUCCCGGCUGUGUACCUGAUGGCUUUUUUCUUCGGUUGUCUCGGCAACGGACUAGUGCUGUGGGCAUACCUGGAUCGACCUGAUGGAAGAAAGAAAAAUACAAUACCAAACCAAAGUGGAAUUUCAAAGUUGUGUUGUUUUAACAUUUGCAAACAGGAAACCAACAGUGAAAUCCCUCAAAACAGUGGACAGUCUAGAUUCAGUUCUAGACCAAUGUCCCAAACAUCAACAACCUCCUAUCCUCCAUCUGUCCUGCGUCCAAUCCGCUCUCUUACGGAAUCUCUAAUAGCUAGUUUAGCAUUAGCGGACCUAUGCUUUCUGGUCACUCUCCCUCUGUGGGCAGUCUACACUGCUAUGGGCUACCACUGGCCAUUCGGACAACCACUCUGCCAAAUCAGCAGCUUCCUCACAGCUCUUAACAUGUAUGCCAGUGUCUUUAGUCUGAGCAUGCUUAGUGUGGAGAGGUACUGGGUUCUAACUGGACGCAGGCAUUCAGGACAUCAUCAACAGAAAUUUCCUACAAGAGCUAUAGUCAUAAUCACUGGAGUUUGGGUAUUGUCAUGUAUUCUUGCACUUCCUGGUUUGCUGCUACGUUCAGUUCGAGAAAUAGAGACUGCUAUAGAUGAUUGGGAUUCUGAGACAGCCCAUCCAACUAGUCCUGGGUCAUUCUUUCUCUCCUGUCAAAUGGAUUACUCUAUACUAAUUGGAAAUGACUUGAGCGAACCUGAAAAAGAACAUGCUGAGAUGUGGUGGGCAGCCAUUUUAAGUUUAAAAUCAACACUAAUUGGAUUCCUUUUACCACUUAUAAUUUUGCUCAUAUGCUACUGCUCACUGGCAAAACUUCUCAAUAAACAUUUUGGAAGAGGUCCACGUCCCGAUCGCAAACGGCAACGAAGACUUCUAAGGGUGAUAGUGACUUUAGUACUGGCAUUCUUCCUGUGCUGGCUGCCUUUACAUGUUAAUAAGACAUUAGUUGUUUUACUUGGGUUUGGAUAUAUCCCAUACUCGUGUACUUUAGAAACAAUACUACUAAGUGUGCAGCCAUAUGUUACCUGUAUAGCUUACCUGAACUCCUGUCUCAACCCUCUCCUCUACGCGGCCUGCGACCCCACAUUCAGGAAAAGGUGUAGAGGAGCAUUGUUGUUCCUCUGUAGCAUCAGGAAAAGAGACGAGAAAUCUGCUAUUGAAAAAGAAGAGGUUGAAGAAGGGAAGGAGGAGAAGACACUUGAAACAGCAGACAGGACAGAUGAAGACAGACUUGGUUAACUGUGUGAUGUCAUA